AUGACCAUCACCGAGCUGCUCUGGCCCGUAUUCAAAUCAGACCCCCAGCUCCAAGCCGAAUUCGCCGCCAAAUCGCCCGAGAUCUUCGCCCACUUCGUCGGCGUCGCGGGGUUGAAAGACUUCUUCCGCGGACAGGUCAUCUUCGAUAACGACGUACCAGUUGACAAGAGUAGCUGUCGGGGGGCUUUGAUUCUUGAAUGGGAUGAUGUCUCUUCCAUGCAUGCGUUCUUCCCACACUCUGAGACAUUCCGCUCGUUUAUCAGUCUUGUAAAGCCAUACGUCGCGGGCCCUGAUAUCCCGCAGUUAUUCGAGGCUGUUGUUUCGGCUGUUCCGUGUGCGGAGACGGGUGUUACGCAGGUACUUAAAGUGUCGAAGGGGCCGGGGACAGAAACCGUAUGGAUCCGGCUUCAAGAGGUUAUUGCAGAGCUUUAUGGAAAUGGGAAGCCGCUAUUCGCGUGUGCUAAUGGGGUCGAGAAGGAGGAAAGUGUGUUUUUGGGCAUUGUUGGGUGGCGGAGAGUAGAGGACUAUGAGCGGUCGAGGACAGUCAAGGCCAUCACUGCACUCUUGAGGGAGUUGGGGAGUAGAGGAGAGGUCUUCAACGUCGUGGUACAGCUGGAGCGGAUGGCUGUCUGA